AUGCCGCUGCCGCAGAAGAAGCGCUGGGUGUCCAUGGCCAAGGGGCUGGUCCUGGGAGCUCUCUUCACCAGCUUCCUGCUGGUACUGUACUCCUAUGCUGUACCCCCUCUGCACGCUGGCCUGGCCUCCACGACCCCAGAGGGCACAGCGCCCUGCUCCCCAGCCCCGGGUGAGCCAGAGGCGCUGACCCCGGCCAACGGCUCUGCGGGAGGGUGCCAGCCCCGGCGCAACAUCGUGUUCAUGAAGACUCACAAGACGGCCAGCAGCACGCUGCUCAACAUCCUGUUCCGCUUUGGCCAGAAGCACGGGCUCAAGUUCGCCUUCCCCAACGGCCGCAACGACUUCGACUACCCGGCCUUCUUCGCCCGCAGCCUGGUGCAGGACUACCGGCCCGGGGCCUGCUUCAACAUCAUCUGCAACCACAUGCGCUUCCACUACGACGAGGUCCGGGGCCUGGUGCCGCCCAACGCCACCUUCAUCACCGUGCUCCGCGACCCCGCCCGCCUCUUCGAGUCCUCCUUCCACUACUUCGGCUCGGUGGUGCCCUUCACGUGGAAGCUCUCGGGCCGCGACAAGCUGGCCGAGUUCCUGCAGGACCCAGACCGCUACUAUGACCCCAACGGCUACAACGCCCACUACCUCCGCAACCUGCUCUUCUUCGACCUGGGCUACGACAGCGGCCUGGACCCCGGCAACCCGCAGGUGCAGGAGCACAUCCUGGAGGUGGAGCGCCGCUUCCACCUGGUGCUCCUGCAGGAGUACUUCGACGAGUCCCUGGUGCUGCUCAAGGACCUGCUGUGCUGGGAGCUGGAGGACGUGCUCUACUUCAAGCUCAAUGCCCGCCGCGCAUCGGCCGUGCCGCGCCUCUCGGGGGACCUGUACCGGCGCGCCACGGCCUGGAACGUGCUGGACGCCCGCCUCUACCGUCACUUCAACGCCAGCUUCUGGCGCAAGGUGGAGGCCUUCGGGCGGGAGCGCAUGGCCCGCGAGGUGGCCGCCCUGCGGCACGCCAACGAGCGCAUGCGGCGCAUCUGCAUCGACGGGGGCCGGGCCGUGGACGCCGCCGCCAUCCAGGACUCGGCCAUGCAGCCCUGGCAGCCGCUGGGCGCCAAGUCCAUCCUGGGCUACAACCUCAAAAAGAGCAUCGGGCAGCGGCACGCGCAGCUCUGCCGUCGCAUGCUCACGCCGGAGAUCCAGUACCUGAUGGACCUCGGCGUUAAUCUGUGGGUCACUAAGCUCUGGAAGCUCAUCCGGGACUUUCUGAGGUGGUGA